AUGGAGUUUUGCCCCACAUGUGGUAACAUGCUACAGUAUGAAUUGCCCUAUUUGGAUCGCCCUGCAAGAUUUUUUUGUUCUGCUUGCCCAUAUGUUUGCCACAUCCAGAAUAGGGUUAAGAUCAAAAGGAAGCAAAGGUUGGUGAAAAAAGACAUAGAGCCUAUAAUCUCCCAAGAUGACAUGAAGAAUGCACCAAAAACUGAUGCGACAUGCCCAUAUUGCGGUCAUGGUGAAGCUGCUUACAAAGAAUUUCAGACUAGAUCUGCUGAUGAGCCAGCAACUCUAUUUUAUCGUUGCUUGAAUGAAAAAUGUCAAAAACAAUGGCGUGAAGAUUGA